AUGUUGAAGAAGCGGCGAAUCUUAUGUGACUUUGGAGAAGAAAAAUUGAGGAUUGCUUUAGUUAGCGAUAACAAUGGAAUUUGUGUUUCUUUCGGCUUCGCUUUUUUCUCCAUUAGUUGCUACGGAAGUUUUACUAAUGCAAUAAAUUUAACAAUUGGUGGACCUAUCGAUGACAAUUCAAUUUGCGUCGAGAAAUGUUUUCAUACAAUUAACUUUGUGUUUUGUCUGUUAGGUGGCAUAACAUUUGGUGCCACCAUGAAAUUUAUGUUUCCUUUGUCGGAAUCUUAG